AUGUCCCACCCAUCCGGACACCGAGCAAACCUACUCAACCUCCGUUUCGCUAACAACACCAACCGAGCAACCUCCAACGAUAACGACCACCAUCGAUCAAACAACCCAUCCAGCCAACCACUCUCCCCAUCCAGAGUCUCCUCACCCUCCUCAUCCGCAUCCUCCUCAUCUCCCAACUACACCGACUUCAUCCAGGACCAUUAUGGCUAUCAGCACCAGCAACUAUCACCACCACCACCACCACAGCAGUCAACUUCCACUCAACCCCACUCGACUCUGAACAAACGGCCUGCUCAACUCGAUAUCGCAACCUACGUCAGCUCAAUCAGACCACCACUCUCCCCCGUCGAUCAAGGAAACUCAGCCUGCUCACCUUCCUCGGAUAGAUUCAGAUCCUCCUCCACCGGCUCAAUCCAUCAGCAUCCACCCUCUCCUGUCGGUCUUCACAAGCGUCAUAGCAAGAGCAUCCACUCAAAACCUCAGAUCUCUCCCUCCAGCCAUCCUCCACCCCCAAUCAUCUUCGACCCAAGCAUCCCCACAAGCUCAAACUCCAACCUGCUCUCCCUCUCAUCAAACAACAUCUCUGAGGAAUUCAUCAACCUCGACCAUCACUCUCAAGCCAUGUCAGCUUCACCACCACCUCAAGAUUCAUCCUCAAAAACUCAUACUCCCCACCACCCAUCAAAUCUUGCUUCCAAUCAUCACCAACCAGCUUCCAAUUCACUCAGCCUAACCGUGAAUCCUGAAAACCACCUGGCCCGAAAUCAGAAGGCGCAGUCCUAUCAGCCAAACGAUGAUCUCGCCUUCUCCUCAUCCCCCACGCUCGCCCAGGCCCUUGCCAGCUCACUCACACCUGCCUCUGUAAUUGCACCAGCAGCAAGCUCACAAUCCCGCCAAACACAUGACCGCUCCUCAAACCACAGCUCUUCAGAUUCACCCUUCAGCAGAAUCUCCAACUCAAACGAACACUCCGUCUCUCCCAAAGCCCGUCCAAAGGCCUCUCUUGUCAAAAGAUCCACCCUCAGAACGGCCACCAAUUUACUGAGGAACGCCAGUCGGAGGGUCGUCAACCUCUCGGGCACAGAACAGAUCGAAGACCUCCCUCGUCCCCCUCAGCCUCAGCAUCAACGCCGCCGACCCCGCUCAAACACCGACCAAUCUAAUGUCAGCAUCGAGUUGGACUAUACCGGCCUGUCGAGGCCAACUAAUACUCGUCCGGCUCAGCCAAGGUUUAGCGACAGUGAGGAGGACGAGGGCUCACCUUCGAACACCAACCGGAACUCUCUCAAGAGACUCUCUCUCAGCAGCACCAUUCCGCUCCAACUCAAGGGCAAAACCCUCGGCCUCUUCGGCCCACGACAUCCCAUCCGUCUCGGCCUCUUUCGCCUCUUCCACUCCGGCCACAUCGACCCACUCAUCUUCCUUCUCAUCAUCCUAGACGCCGUCGUCCUCACCAUCCAAUCCUCUAAGAGCGUCUGGGAUUUCCCUCGACCUACGAAAGGCUAUUUUCAUACCUGGGAGGAUUGGGCUCUCUUCAUCCUCUUUUGCAUCUUUACAGUUGAAUCUGUAGCUCGGAUCAUUGUUUCUGGUUUGGCGUUUAACUCGAUCUCCUGGCUGGAUACGAGCUCAGGAGCGAUCAAGGCCCGAGGUAAAGGAUUGUUGAACCGGAAAGACCGAUCGGUGAAUCAUCUUCCGAUUCGGACCUCUGACCAGAUGGACACGGGCUGGCCGGGGAGCCAAUACUUGCAAGGCUCAUCGAUACCGAUCGACGAGUCAUCGAAGGAGGUGUUAAGUUUCAGUCCGCAGACGCCAUUCACGACGCUCGACGGCGGCUAUCCAUCGCCGUACGGUUCGGCGAGCGCCAAAUUACCAUUGACCCAUCCCUCUCCGAGCUUCUCGUGUGGAUCCGCCGGGAUACCUCCGUCGGCAAAACGGCUCGAGCCCACCCGGAAAGACUCCUUCCCGAUCUCCAUCCUUCAUUCUAAACCCCUCUUCUCCCAACAAGCCGCUCCCUUCCACUCCGGCAUCCAACGUCAACAACGUCAGCUCAUCAAACAGACCGCCUAUCUCAGACAGUCUUGGAAUCGGAUGGAUUUCAUCGCCGUUGUCUGUUUCUGGAUCUCAUUCUUCCUCGCUACUUCUGGCAUCGAGGCCGCUAAACAGAUCUACCUCUUCCGAGCCCUUAGUGUACUCAGAUUGAUGCGUCUCCUUACUGUUACCUCUGGUACCACCAGAAUCCUGAACUCCCUCAAACGCGCCUCGCCCUUACUCGUCAACGUCGUCUUCUUCAUCUUCUUUGCCGCUGCUUUGUUUAGUAUCGUAGGUGUCCAGAGUUUCAAAGGCUCCUUUGAUCGUCACUGUGUCUGGAUCGACCCUGCGGGCCAGAAUAAUUACACCUUCCAGUCUCAGUCUUGUGGGGGUCAAUACAACCCCAUCACCGGGAUCGAGGAAGGCUUCGUUCACAACGCAACCGGUAAAUUGUUCGGCUCUUCGAAAGGCUAUAUUUGUCCUCAAGGUCAACUCUGUAUGGAAACCGGAAACCCGAAUAAUGGCACUCAGAGUUUCGAUAAUGUGGCAGGUGCAGCAAUGCAAGUGGUGAUCAUAGCUUCAGCCAACACAUGGUCAAACAUGAUGUAUAGUCUUAUGGACGCAGAGUAUUACGCGUCUUGCGCGUUCUUUAUCGUCUGUCUCCUCGUCCUCAACUUCUGGUUGCUCAACAUCCUUGUCGCUGUGAUCACUAAUACGUUUGCCGAGAUCAUGGACGAGACCAAACAUUCCGCCUUCGCUGUCAGCUCUGCACCUUUGAUUACCGGGCCAACAACUGCGGACUCCGCUCCAGAUACUCCCAAACUCUCGAGAACUCAAAAGAUGAAGCUCAAGCCUGGUUGGCUCAGACGGCUUAAUGAUAAGCUCUAUUACCCUUGGGUCUUGGUUGUCCUUGUUCAAUUCUCUUUUCAAGCUAGUCGGAGCUCCUUUGAUUCUGCUUGGGCUACUCGUCUAGAUCAAAUCGAGUCAUACUUCACUAUCGUUUUCUUGGCCGAGAUCCUGCUUCGGUUCGCCGGAUACCUUCCUUCAUCAACCCGCCUCUUCCUCGAAAGCGGGACUAAUCUUGCAGAUGUCGGGCUGGCUAUUGUCACCAGUAUCAUUCAAAUCCCUUUCAUCAAACGCUCAGUCGUCUAUCCUUGGCUCACUGUAUUCCAGAUUGCUCGCUUCUAUCGGGUGAUUGUCGCUUUCCCUCGAACUGGAAAUCUUUUGGUAAGCUUGAGGGGCAGUCUCAACGGUUUGGUUAACAUGAUCUUGUUCUUACUGGCAAUCAACUUUUUUUCGGCCUUGUUUGCUGCACAAUAUUUGCGUGGACUUAUCCCCAAGUCAGACCAGACGGAGAUGACGUUUUACUCGAUGUGGAAUUCGUUCCUGGCCAUGUACCAGAUCUUUUCGUCGGAGAAUUGGACAACCGUGUUGUACUCUGGGAUGGCUGCCCAAGCUCCCUACAAACAGGCCUUCAUCUCGGGGAUCUUCCUUUCGCUCUGGUUCCUGUUCUCCAACUUUGUCUUACUCCAAAUGUUUAUUGCUGUGAUCUCCGAAGGAUUUGCGGUGGCCGAGGAACAGAAGAAGAAGGAACAGAUCCGGGCCCUCAUCAAUCGAUCUAACCCCAAAUCUGAGCUUCCUCCCUGGUUCAAAAGACUCAAUCCUUACUUCAGAUCCUCUUCUAAUAAGUCUCAAUUCGGUCAUAAAGGAACGGUUACCCUUGAUGCUGAUGAUCUACCUCCUGAAAGCGUCUUGCCCGGUCGCAAGUCAGUCAUGCGAAACUUUCUACAUCCGAACGAUAAUCCUAGCGGCAAUAAGGGUGAUCGUAAUCUGGACCUACAUAAAUCCAACUCGGAUCAUCGUUCAUUUGUCGAACGUGCCAGGAAAGCUUUCUUGUUGGAUCCUACUGAUGGCCUCUUCUCCGAUCCGCACUUACUGAAAUUGAAUAUCACGACCGAAGAACGAGCUAAGGCUGAGGCCGCUCGACAGAUGGAGUUUCUCUCAAUGAAUCCUAGCCAGCGCCAACAGUACUACAUCACGUCCAAUAACGAAAAGAUGGAACGCGAAGCACAGUUCAUCAAAGAUCAUCCGACCUAUGAUAAAGUAUUCUGGUUCAUUUCUCAGAGAAAUCCGAUCCGUAAGGUUUGUCAAUAUCUGGUUGAGCCCUCCUAUGGCGAACGAACGUUUGGAAGACCGGCCAAUAAGAUCGGCGUGCUCGUGUUCAAGUUGAUAGUUUUUAGUACGAUCUUGGGUAGUGUGGUGGUGGCAGCUAUUGCGACGCCGGUGUACAAACAACAUUAUUAUCUGCUCAAUGGCGAGUCGAUUUAUACCUGGUUCAAUCUCUCAGAAGUCAUCCUCGGUCUCUUCUUCGUAGUCGAGUUCUUCAUCAAAGUCUUGGCGGAUGGGUUCAUCUUUACGCCGAAUGCGUAUCUCUUGAAUACUUGGAACCGGAUCGAUUUCUUGGUCUUGGGCACUCUGGUCUCCGAUAUCACGGCUUCAUUAGUUUAUGGCGGAUUGACGAGUCGGUUCACUCGAUCACUCAAAGCGUUUCGGGCCUUACGGAUGAUCAAUCUGACGAUGAGCAUGCGGGAGACGUUCUACAACGUGUUGAUUCUCGGGUUCGGCAACCUGAUGGAUGCCUCUGUCCUGACGGUCAUGUACAUCGUCCCCUUUGCAGUUUGGGGCCAAAACCUGUUUGCUGGUCUGCUGUACGGUUGCAACGACUCGAGCUCCUCGAUCUCUGAGAAGAUGCAAUGCAUAGGCGAGUAUGUCAGUGCUCCGUCGAGCCUCGAAGGCGCCCCGUCCAACUUCAACUUCCUCAUGCCCCGGGCCUGGCAGAACCCUUACGUCUACUCCUUCGACUCCUUCCGGACGGCCGUCUCGAUCCUCUUCGAGAUCAUCUCCCAGGAGGGCUGGAUCAGCGUGAUGACCAGUCUGAUGUCGAUCACCGGUAAAGAUAAACAACCUCAGCAGGACGCCUCUCAAUGGAAUGCGAUCUAUAGCUUGAUCUAUAAUUUGUUUGGAGCUACUAUCGUCUUGACUCUCUUCCUAGCGGUCAUCAUUAAUAGCUUCCUCAAACGCUCCGGAUCGGCCUUCUUGACUACCGAACAACAACAGUGGAUCAACUUGAAGAAAUUGAUCUAUCUCCAACAACCCUCUAAACGUCCUAAAGCUAGACCUCAGAACUCAAUCAGGGAUUGGUGUUAUAAGAAAGCUACCCUCAAACAUGGCUGGUGGUCUAAUAUGAUGACCACCCUCUAUGUUAUCCAUGUCGGCUUGUUGAUGACCCUGGCUAGAUCUAAUAGUAAUACUAUGGUUGAUGUCUAUCGUGACGGCGGGUUUUUGGUCCUAGCGACGUUUUAUUUAGCGGACGUUUUGGUGGCGUUAUUAGGAUUAGGAUGGAUAAGUUUCCAACAGAACGGAUGGCGGAUCUACGAUGUGAUUGUGAUAGCGGGGACGUUUGGGACGACGAUCCCGACGAUGAUCCUGCCUGGUCAAGUGACGAAUGUGACGAUCCAGUUCCAGAAGUUCUUCCUCGUCGCGAUCGCCUUCAAACUGGUGAUGAAGAACAACGAGCUCAACCAGCUCUUUCAAACCGCACUCUCCAGCUUGCCUUCUAUCGCUAAUCUCAUGGGAUUGUGGAUCGUCUUCUUCUUGGUCUGGGCUAUCCUCUUCGUCGAGAACUUCAGUCUCACUCGCGCUGGUCCUACCUCCUUGACUCGUUACUCUAAUUAUCAAAGCCUGGCUAAUGCUCUCGUCAUGUUGGCUAUUCAGAGUACUGGGGAGGGUUGGAACGCUUUCAUGCAUGAUUACACGAUUGAGGCCCCAUAUUGUGUUUCAUCACCGAAUUUUUUAUUCAACGAUUGUGGAAGUCCAGCGGCUGCGUAUAUCUUAUUUAUUUCUUGGAAUGUGAUUUCGAUGUAUAUCGUUCUCAAUAUGUUUACUGGUUUGGUCGUCGAUAAUUUUGCUUAUGUGUUUCAGUUGUUUGGCAAAGUUAAAGCUAUCGAUAGGGAGGAAGUGAGGAGGUUUAAAGAAGCAUGGGCUGAAGUCGAUCGAGAUCGAACUGGGCACUUGACUCGACAUCAAUUUAUACCAUUCUUCUCACGACUAACGGGAGCAUUUGAUGUGAGCAUCUAUCCGGAAGAAUUGAAGAUGAGGAACGUGGUGGAUCGAUCGACCACUGUUGGUGGAGAAGACGAAACUAAGAAAGGAGCUUGGUCGGUCUCCAGCGAGGUCAAUCCUGCGUCCGUCUUAAAUGUUGACGAGCUCAACUCGAGACUUGCUACAGUCGAUUGGAAAAAGAUCGCUCGACGGAAAGAAAUGUUUAAUUAUCUUUAUCAAGAAGCCUUACUGACUGAAAAACCUGGCCGAGGGAUCUCUUUUAAUCGGAUGAUGUUGUUGGUGGCUCAUUACACGUUGAUUGAAGAUGAACAAGCAAUGCAAUUACAUGAAUUACUGGAUAGGAAAGCUAAAAAGCAAAAGAUUGAAGAAAUGGUCAAGUUUGAGAAGAUUCAAGGGAUCUUGAAAAUGGUGGUCGAAAGAAGGAAGUUUCGGAAGACUCUGCGGAUGUUUUCAGCCUCUUCCAAUCCGAAGCCGACGACUACGAUCAGUCCGACCCGAUCAUCAUCUAUCUCAAAACAUAAGCUUGGCUACUAUUGAUACUCAACUUCUUCUUUGAUACACAAAAAAAAAAAAACAGUCCAAUCGACCGUUCGUUUCCCUUCUCUUUCUCUCCGCUGGUUGGGCUUGGAUUAGUUAUGUGUAUGUUGUCACAUAUGGAAUCGGGUUUCGUCAAUCAGACCAAGCUGGAUCCAGUUCUCAUUCAUUCAUUCAUUCUCUCUCUUUCAAUUCGUUUUUCAACUCUCACUCGCUCUGUAAUAUCCCAGCCGUCUUCUCAAUCCCUGCCGACCCCAAAAUUACCCUUAAUGUUCCAUUUUCAUUCCCAUGCAUUAUCAUAGCUUUCUCUAAGAACUAAAAGUACUCAUACACUUUCCCCUCAAUUUCUUCUUUUACAUAUAUAUGCACAUACAUAUCUCUCUCGAGCACCCGCAUUUAUCUGGCUUCGCUUCAAGUUCUUUUGCUGUAUUUAUCGUCGUCCCCCUUUUUUCCCCCAUUCUCUGUCUCUCUCUCUUUUCUUUUUUUUAUAUCACUAUCUUGUCCUUUGUUUUGUUGUUGUUAUUUGAGAGUUCAUAAUGAGGCUCUUCUCUCUCUUGUUCCAAAAUAGAUAGAUAUACACCCAUAGAUUUCUUUUUUUUUUUUAGAUUCCCAUCUUUCUCCCCCAUGUUUAUUAUCUUUGUAAUUUGAAGACACUCGAGCAAAUUCCAAUAUUGUGCUUGAGAAUCCCACCACCUCCAUCCACACACACAAUCUUAUACCUCCAUGUUUUUUUUGUUGUUCUUGAGUUGGUGUUGUUUUCCUGGCCCUGUUGAUCUUUACAUAGACUUUUCCACCACACAAAGGUUCUGUUUUUGUUCUCGUAUUAAUUUGGUCCUGUUGUGGCUCGAUCUCAUGGUGCCUUAUAAAAACUGUCAUCUUGUCUUGAUCAUCAUGAAUAUAAUGGGCUGAUCAUGUUCAUCUAUCUCAUCAUGAACACUUUUCUUUAUGGGUUCUUUCUCUUGUCGUGAGCUGGGCUUGUGCAGUAUUUAUAUGGAAGAUGGAAAUCUAAGUGGG